GAACUCGCCUGCCCGCAUCGCUCAAGUCGCUUGUCGCUUCCUUGCAGCUAGACGAGUCCCGCUUCGUGCGACCGCCUGAGUGAGUUCGUCCCCUGUUUCUACACCUCGAUUCCUCCUACGUGUAUGAACCUGGGCGGCUUCAAUCUUUGCUUUCGGUCGACAGCUGGCGUCAAGACUGUACGGUGGUCACAACCGGUGCCCCCGCUUCCCCUGCACGUGCUCUAUUUGUCGAAGUGGACGGUGUCUGGAGACCGAGGUUGCCAUGUCAUAAUGUCGUCUGUACGAUGUGAACUGGAUGCUGCAUCGAGGAGCAGCGAGCUCGGGUCGCCUUUCACAGAGCUAUGAAGACGUGUCACUGACCAGGAACAGAAGUCUAAAGGCACCUUCCCAUAACUACUACCCUCCGUUAUACCUACCGCCCACCAUGCCGAUGGACGCGAAGGAGAUCGAACUCAAGGCCAAGGCUCUGACCAAGGCGGCCACCCAGAACGAGCCGCCCGCCAACAUCGUCGCCCUGCUCAAGGAACUACAACAAGGCGUCCGAGCUACGGAGGAUCUGCUGCGCUCGACGCGCGUGGGGAUCAUCGUCAACAAGUUCAAGCAGCACAAGGCGCCCGAGGUGGCGCGCCUGUCGAGCGAGAUCGUAUCGAAGUGGCGCAACGAGGUCAACAAGCAGAAGGCGGGCGCAUCGCCGGGUCCCAGCCAGCGCUCGAGCAGCUCGCCGCGGCCGACCCCGAACGGCACCGCGGCCUCGACGCCCUCGGAUAAGGCCUCGAAGCUGUCCGUGCCGCCGGACAAGCGCACGUGGAAGGCCGACGGGGUGGACGUGAACCAGACCUCCAACCGGAUCCGCGACAGCUGCAUCGGCCUGAUGUACGACGGGCUGUGCUUCAACGCGACGGAGGCGCCGCGGACGGUGCUGGCCAAGGCCUCGAACGUGGAGGCGGCGGCGUUCAGCGCCUUCGGGCCGGAGACCAAGGAGCAGUACCGCACCAAGAUCCGCAGUCUGUACCAGAACCUGAAGAACAAGUCGAACCCGAUGCUGCGCGUGCGGGUCCUGAGCGGGGAGGUCACGGCGGAGCACUUUGUCAAGAUGACGCACGACGAGCUGCGGUCGGCGGAGCAGCAGGAGCGCGACCGCAAGAUCCAGAAGGAGAACAUGGACAAGGCGAUGGUGGCGCAGGCGGAGCGCAGCAUCAGUACCAGUCUGCAGUGUGGAAAGUGUGGGCAGCGCAAGGUGACCUAUACCGAGGCGCAGACGCGCAGUGCCGAUGAACCGAUGACGCUGUUCUGUACUUGUAUGAAUUGUGGAAAAUCAUGGCGGCAGUGACUCCUUUCUGUAUUUUUUUUCAUUCUGAUAUUACAUUUUGUUCUAUAUCUUAUCUGCGACAGGGGGGCGGCGGCGUGGAGUUAUUUUACCUUGGGCUGAUCAAAAACACGGAUGUUUUUCCUGUCGUUAUUGACAUUCGGCGACUGCUUAUGUCAUCGUUCAUAACUUGACUGCAUAGACUGCACUGGCAAUCGCAAUCAACGUCAUUCACCUUUCAUCAUUGAGCUGGAACAAGUAGUGAGUUGAAUUCCUUCUGCGCGUUAGCCCGAAAAUCAAAUCAAACAUCCUUCUCAUCAUCUUCCACAACUUGAACAAGCUACCCAGCCAGCCUAGCAUCCAAUUGACCCUUCCAUUCCACACCUACCUACCUAGUUGAACGCUAUACAACCUCACCUCAUCAUCAACCAUCCAUACAGCAACCUCCAAAAACACACCUACACCAAAAAUCCAAACCUAUAACCCCCCCCCUCUAUACCCAAUCAACCCAACCCAACCCACC